UGAUGCUCUCAAUAUCAGAGGAAUGUGAUGGGAGGAGCCACCAGACUCUCAUCCUGUCCAUUGAUAGAUAAAUAAGUAUAAAAGAGCUGAUCACUCAAAGGGUCACAUUAAUUCCAGUCUCAUUGCUGGUGUCACAGGACAUUCACAAUGUGGUGUCUGCUUUCAGCUUAUCUUCUGUCAUUGAUUCUGCAUUUAUGCACCGGUGCAGACUGGUGCUACCAGACACAAGUGAGCUGUGAUAGCCACUGCAAAGGUCCAGACCGGUGGAGAGAAGUUAAGGCAGAAUGCGGAAACACCAGACAGUCACCGGUCAACAUAGUGACGAAGAAAACCAAACUAGAUGAGCGACUCAAGCCUUUAAAAUUCAACGGCUAUCAGAAUUUAUUCGACAGCACCAUCAGGAACAACGGUCACUCUGUUCAGGUCAAUAUACCCAUCACAGCCACAGUGUCUGGAGGAAACCUGAAAGAAGUAUACAAGGCCGUACAGUUCCACCUUCACUGGGGCACCAACGGAGGGCCUGGAUCUGAACACACAAUAGAUGGAGAGCAGUACCCUAUGGAGUUGCAUAUUGUCCAUAUGAAACAAAGAUACAACAGACUAGAAGAUGCGCUCAAAGACCCGUCUGGAGUCGCAGUGCUGGGGUUCUUCUAUGAGGAGUCGAGCAGCAAAAAUGGAAAAUAUGACCAACUCACACAGUCCCUGAGUAGUGUGCAGAAUGCGGAUGGAAACACAACCCUUCAAAAGAUCUCUCUGAAUCAGCUCAUUCUCUCCGAAGGGAAUUUGACUAACUAUUACCGAUAUAACGGCUCACUUACCACACCUGGCUGCACUGAGGCUGUGGUGUGGACUGUUUUCGAAAAUCCAAUUCCUCUCGACAGAAAACAGCUUCAAGCAUUCUCCUCCUUGAGGUUCCAUGAUGGGAAACCGAUGGUGGACACGUUUAGACCCGUGCAGCCUCUAAACGGACGUUUUGUGUAUCGGUCCAGCGGUGCAGCGGUUCUGGCCAGCGCUAUACUUCUGUUUGCCUCCAUCAUUACAACGCAUGUCCUGUUCCAUCUCAAUUAGCACAAGACUGGCUCAUUAUAUCCUUCUCAUCGAAUCCACGGACCAACCUGAUCAAGCCAAACCACGGAAUUACAGCUGCCAAAUGAAGACCAGACACAUACGCAAGCACAAAGACUUGAAUGUUAGGCCCAGCCGUUGCAAGCGCACUGUCCCGUUGAACAUAUUUAGCGCUCGUUCUUGCGUUACUGUUACUAACAAACCUCAGUACUCAAGGGGGUGAUAGUUACUUUCAAAAGUCCUUGUCAUUAAACUGGAUGUGUUAUUAUUUAAAGUCAGCAUGAAAUUAAAAUUCACCUCUAUCUAUUUUCUAAAUGCAUGUUAUUGAUCUUAUUGUGAACGAUUCAUCCAUGCAUAUGUUUUAUUUAUUUUUUUGACCUUGUAAUCUUUAAUCAAAAUGUAAUAACUCAAUCUUUUGGUGAAACGACAGACUUCUCCAAUCAUUUAGUCUGUGUAAAGGGAUCAAUACCGUAAACACUCUCUCUCUCUCUCUCUCGCACCACCAUCCGCAGUCGGCCUUUAUCCCUCUCGGAGGCUUGAUUAGCCUGAUUAGGCUACGCCCUGUCACAUUCCUCCCUCGUUCUCUCAGGCCGGGGAGCCCCCGGCAUGACGUACACCCCCCUUCCCUGGGGAGGGCGUGCCUCACACCCGUCUGCCAGCAGGUCAUCCCCGUCUUCCUAAAUCUGGGAGGGUACUGGGGGAGAACAAAAAAAAUAAAUAACUCAAAUUUAAAAGAGAGGGAAAAGGCCAACGCGGAGCGGCCGUGAGACAGAGAGAGAGAGAAAAAACACUUACUUGCCGGUUCUCCGAUACGCCGUAGCUUGGUCCUUGGCCACUCAUCCACCCUCUAACGGACAACAGCAGCCCCUGGCGGACGCAACACCCCGCCGUGUUCUCGGGGAACAGAAGGGGUCUCCCCCGUCCCUGGCAGCGGUUCUCCCGCAACAGGCGGUCGGCCGGGAGCUCCUCCCCCUCGUGGUCAGCGGUCCUCUCUUGACCCCGCCGCGUUUAGCGGCCGGUAGGGGUCUCCCCCCACCCCUGCCAGCUGCCCUGGCCGCUCCAGGUGGUCGGCUAGGAGCCCCUUCUCCCCUCGCGGUUGGCAGCCGUUCCUCCGCUUCCUGGCGGCCGGGCUCCUCCGUCCCCCGGCUGAUGGCCGUGACUGCUCCGUUGGAUGGUAGUGGCAAGGACUCUACUAGGGCGUAUAAAGGGAUUAAUGGAAAGGAUGCGGCGAGAACCGGCUUGACAAUAUAAAUCAUAUUUUAAUAAGGAACUUAUUAACAGACACAUAGGACAGACAGCUGCCCGUAAACGCUCUCUCUCUCUCGCACCACCGUCCGCAGUCGGCCUUUAUCCCUCUCUGAGGCUUGAUUAGCCUGAUAAGGGGCCAGGUGUGUAAAAUCAUGACCCCGCCCUCCGCCCUAUCACAGUCUGCUUAAACCCCGCCCCCUUUCUAAUAAAUACCACAACCUUACGUAGAGUCAGUCGCAUGUUGGUGAAGAUGGCAAGGUGUAUUUUUGCCUGUUUUCAUUCCUUAAACCAAGCGUCCUUGGUUAUGGGUCAGCAGGCUUGAAUUAACAUUUCCAAUGAGGAGGAAUAACGGCGAAUUUGCAGUUGUGUUCGCUAAUUAAUAUUAAUCACUAAUUAAUACAACACUUCGGAAGCCUCUGGAGUUUAUUUAUAUUUUUGAAUGCAUUUAUCUUGGGAUGCACAGCACGAGUAAGUGUUGCUUUCCUUUAUAUUUAGUGUAAGUAUAUGUUGCUCCACCAUGACAGUAGCAGAUCUGAAAGAGAAAACCGACUGUAGAAGAAGACUUUGUCUGCUAUAGCGCCCCUUGAGGCAACUCUUGAGAAUGCAACUGCGCUCUGAUACAUUUAAAAACGCAGUGAAAGCAUUGAAAUGCAACGUGAUUAGCUAAAAACCGUUGCGUCCAUGUACGCAGUUCUACACUACCUAUUUAGUGUAGAAAAUGGACUUGUAACUUGGCAGUUCACUGCAUGAGCUGAAUGGAAAUUAGAAGUGUGCUCAUGGCUAUCAAUAGAAACUGGACUAAACCACGUGUGACCCACUUUGACGGGCUGGCAGGUAACAAAUGCAUGACCUUUAUCCAUCAUAGAGACCGGCCAAGACUCUUGAAUAUGUGCACGUACACACAUAUACGACUCUAUAAUUAUCAGGUCGAUGCAUUGAUGCGAGUUGCUGUAUAUGUGCAUUACAAACUCACCCAGCAAAAGAAGGAUCAACUCUCUUCAAGUGCAUGGCACAGAGGUCAACGUGACAUUUACAUGAAUACUUCUGGCAGACACUUUCGUACCUGUCACUUUAAGAAGUGUCAAAAUACAGUACUGGGUUCCUAAGUUUAACCCAGAUGCGCAUUGCUUCAUGCAAACACGUCAACGUUAAGAGGUUAAAGUGAAAACAAAACCAGUGUUUUCUGUGGCAAGAAGUCACUUUCAAAUGAACAGGACAUUUACAGCACAAUUUCAAAAAAGUGCAUUUUGUUGUUCUUAGGAAAUGGUGCCAUUUGUGCAAGAAAAUGUGCAUGUAUUUAUUUAAUUUUUUUCACAAUAGGACCAUAGAAGCAUCUCCAUUCAGAUUAUUUGUCAAUUCAGAUUAGGGUUUUUCAAUGGCCAAUCAACAUCCAAAAAUGCUCAGUACAUUUGGAAUUUAUCUAAACAAAUUCUGCUAGUAUUUUUCAGCGUGCCCCUAAUAAAUCUCACAUAUAGGCCUAAAAACAAAAACGAAAAAAGUGACAUUUUUCUUUCAAAAUCGUGUUUUGUGAUGACUUACCUCAUCAAAUAACUUACAGUCAGUAUUCUCGUGCUUUGUGCCAGUAACAAUAUUCUUCUUUAAAUUGAAAACUGGGUUUCUUCCCAUAACAGAGUUGAACUGUUGCGCUUGACAAGCCUGAUAUUGGUGUAACCGUAAUGAAAUGCACUCCUUUUUUAACUGUGUGGUCGAAAAUAUGACGUCACUGUCUUAUCCUCCUGAGACCCCGCGUCCACAUGCGUGGACAUUACGUUUUGGUUUCGCUACAGGCUAUGAGUUAUUUAAUUUCAUUUAAACCGACUGAUCUCAGUUCAGGAGACUCUGGGAUGUCAGUAAAGGGUUAAACUUUCGAUGCUCCGAGUCAUGUGACAAAACAACAUGGUGCCGAUCACAGCGGAGUUUGUCUUUGGGAGAAACGACAACAAAACUACAUCUGGUAAUAAACCUAAUUACGUUUUUACAUUGAAAACAUGUUUGAGUCGAAAGAUUAGAGUCUCUAGUUUCAUCCGAUAUGCCAUUUUUUUCAAUUUGAGCGAUUUAUCGUGAAACGCCACACUGAUAAACACAAUGACCACGUAUGUGGACUGUAGGCUAAUUUUCCUUUAAAUAUCCUUUAUAUUUACUGUGCAUUAACACAUUGAGAAUUAAUGCAUCCAAACGCUGAAAAAAUUGCUUUCAGAGGGUUUAUAUGGAGAGAGGAUGAAAAUAAGGUGCAUUUCAAACUGUUCUGAGACCAGUGCAGACAGACAGAACACUGGAGGUUAAGUCAUGCACUAAAUAGGGAGCAAGGGAACAUCCUAUAGCUCUCUAUAACUGUUCUGAGACCAGUGCAGACAGACAGCACACUGGAGGUUAAGUCAUGCACUAAAUAGGGAGCAAGGGAGCAUCCUAUAGCUCUCCUAUAACUGUUCUGAGAUCAGUGCAGACAGACAGCACACUGGAGGUUUAGUCAUGCACUAAAUAGGGAGCAAGGGAACAUC